UCAGUCCUCAUAAGAGACCGGAUCUCUCUCACUGAGUGUGCAGACAGCGUAGCUUACAUUUAAGCCGCACGCUUCAGACAUGGGCAUGUAUGGAUCCAAGCCAAAGAAACAAGUGCAGGUCCUCCUGCUGGGCCUGGACGGCUCGGGGAAGACCACCCUGCUCUACAAGCUGAAGUACAACGAGAGCGUCGCCACGGUUCCCACUGUGGGAUUCAACGUGGAGAUGCUGGAGACGGACAGGGGCAGCCCGGGACUGACGGUGUGGGACGUCGGGGGCCAGAGGAAGAUGAGGCCCCACUGGAAGCAUCACUUCCUGGACACAGCUGGGCUGGUGUUUGUGGUGGACAGCGGGGAUGGGAAGCGGCUGGACGAGGCCCACAAGGAGCUGCACCGGAUCUUGAGAAACCACAGUCUAAAAGGAGUUCCCCUUGUGAUUCUGGCCAACAAACAGGACCUUCCAGGAGCGCUGAGCCCAGAAACACUCUGCCAGAAACUGGACCUGAGGAGAGUGUGUGAAGGCAGAGCGUGGUUCAUCCAGCCCUGUUCAGCCACCAUGGGAGUGGGUCUUGAAGAAGGUUUCAGAAGGAUGGUCUAUCUAAUGAAAAACCCACUGAGACAAACUCAAGAGGACAUUAAGGUGAAGAUAAGGUCCAAAGGAUUUAGUUUCACUGUAAUCAAAAAAGCUGUGGUCUGUGGCAGCUGAUAGUUUUUAUGCCGUUUUUUUUUUUAACAAAAUGUUUUAGGUUUCUAAUUGCUUUACUAUGCGUGUCAUUUGCAAAUGGCGAUGGAGUUUAGUUAUUCUGCAUGGACCAACAUCUCAAUCUGGUGCAGCCACAAUGUCUUCAGCUGUGGAAUAUAAAAGACAAGGAUUUUGGAUUAUCUGAUUUGAGAAAAACUGUGAUUAAAAACGUUAGUUGUUGUUUA